AGUCUAGCGCUUUGCGCACGCGCCGCCCGUCGAUUUCUAUUUCUGGUCAUUUUGAUAUCAGGCGAUUGUGAAUAAGCAGGAGUCUGUCGGGAAUAAUUAUCCAGGUGAAUUCUUUGCCUGGAUAGCGCUCUUCUGGGGAAGAAACCAGCGAGCACAAGGAAGAAAUAAGGAUAAAUUUCCUAAUGAUGGCAUCAAGUUCUCUGAAAAUUUUUUUGUCUAAUUUAAUUGGCGCCGUUUGAAACAGAUACAACAAUUUAGCUCUUCGUUGUUCUUCUCGUUGGUAUCAAGUAUGGUUGCACUUCCAGUCCUAAUUUCCGGUCGUUCUCCUUUCCAAUCAGCAAAAUCUCUUUCCUACGUCUUCAGAGCUCUCUUGAUCGAUCCACACAGCAAGUUACAUCCAAAUCAGUGGAGCCAUGGGGAACACCACAAGUGAAAGGAUGUCAGGUGAGCGUCACAGUUCCAAGAUUCAUCGCUCAGAGGGAGCCAUCCACCAUGCCAAAGAUCAUUCACACAAGAUCAUGGUUGGCAGCACUGAUGACCCCAACAUCUUCAGCACCCAUGAAUCUAAGCUUCCUGGAGAAAAAGAGUUUGUAUCAUGGCACCAUGACUUGGAUGAGUCAGUUAAACCAUCCCAGCAGGCUCGUCCCACAGUCAUCCGCUGGACUGAUGGAGGCAAAGAAGUUUUCAUCUCAGGUUCUUUCAACAAUUGGAGUGCUAAGAUUCCUCUCAUUAAGAGCCAUAAUGACUUUGUUGCUAUUCUGGAUCUUCCUGAAGGUGAACACCAGUACAAGUUCUUUGUAGAUGGCCAGUGGGUUCAUGAUCCCUCUGAGCCUGUAGUGACCAGUCAGAUGGGAACAAUAAACAAUCUGAUUCAUGUAAAAAAAUCGGAUUUUGAAGUGUUUGAUGCUUUAAAAGUUGAUUCCCUUGAAAGUUCAGAGACUUCCUAUCAAGAACUUUGUGGCUCCCCUCCUGGAAUUUAUGGCCAAGAUAUGUAUGUAUAUCGGCCUGAAGAGCGAUUCAAAUCUCCGCCAAUUCUUCCUCCCCAUCUUCUACAAGUCAUCCUUAACAAGGAUACUAAUAUUUCUUGUGACCCAGCCCUCUUGCCAGAGCCAAACCAUGUGAUGCUAAACCACCUCUAUGCACUCUCCAUUAAGGAUGGCGUCAUGGUGCUUAGUGCCACCCAUCGCUACAAGAAGAAAUAUGUCACCACUCUUCUUUACAAGCCUAUUGGAGUCUGAUUUCUGCAUAUUUCCAUAGAGACUCAAGGACUCUUGCUUUUUCUGCAUAUGAUAAAAUACCAAUGGGCAUGGGUAGUCAGCUUCCAGAUUAUUUUAUCAGACACAAAGGUUUGGAUAACUCAGCUCUUAUUCUGAUUUUUCAGCACAAUGAAGUUCUUCAUUCCCAUAUGGCUAUUCAGAACAAACAACUUGAUAAAGCUACUGAAAUCAAGUUUUGGGUGCAUUAUUAAUAUAUCUCAUAUAUUGCAAACUGUGAGACUGGCUUCUUUCUGAAACAAGACUUGCCUUGCAAUCUUCCCUUCCACAUUCAAAAAGAAAGAAAGUCCAGUGCCACCCUGUUUUCAAAUCAUAUGACCAUUGUAUACAAGUCAUGAUGGCUGUAUGAGGCCUCCAAGUACAGAGACCAUGUGUCUUUAAAUGUGGAACAGCUCUUGUUCUCAAGUAUUGAAAGUCUCUUCUAGUAGGAAAUGAGAUGACAAUUAGACAAAAUUUGACCUAGUAAAGUAGAAUUGCUGUUAUGUUUUCAGUAUCUACUGUUGUAAAGCCUUUCUCAUGUUUGCCAUUUGUGGGUGCUAAUUAAGUAUGACCAGACCUAGUCCUGGACUGCUUGGGUAGCCAUUCAGUAGCGGCUUUUCCACUAUUGGGUACACCAGUGAAAAGACAAUUCAAUUGUCUCUUCUGAAUAAAUAGAAAAAAAUUAA